CUACCGCCCCAGCCUCUUGCCACGUUGCUCUGCUACUGCCGCCCGUCUCCUUGUUCAGCGUCUCCCCCCCCCUCCUCCUUUCCCCUUCGGCUGUGAUGCCGGGCUUGGUCGGGAGGGGUGUUCGGCGCAGUCCGGAAGCGCUCGGGAAAGUUCGGAAGCGGGUUUAAACGGCGGCGAGCGGAACGCUGUGUUGAGGCGAAGCGCGGGAGGGUAAGGGGAUAAAGAGGCGCGGUGAGGAGCGGGCGUCGGUCCCGGGAGGCUCGCGGCGCUGCUUCUCUGGUUGGGAAGCGAGGGCGGCGGCGGCGGCGUCUCCGCAAUGUUAACCGACAGUUUGGUGGAGGAGUUCGAGAUCCGCGAGGAUGAGCCGUGGUACGACCAGCAGGACCUGCAGCAAGAUCUCCAUCUUGCUGCUGAGCUUGGGAAGACGCUCUUGGAUCGGAACACAGAGUUGGAGACAUCCCUGCAGCAGAUGUAUUCCACAAAUCAAGAGCAACUGCAAGAGAUAGAGUAUCUUACAAAGCAGGUGGAACUUCUGCGUCAAAUGAAUGAUCAGCAUGCCAAAGUUUACGAACAGCUUGAUGUCACUGCCAGAGAACUGGAGGAUGCUAAUCAAAAGCUAGUUUUUGACAGUAGAGCCUCACAGCAAAAGAUAAUAAGCCUUACUGAGACUAUUGAAAGUCUUCAAGCACAUAUUGAUGAUCUCCAGAGACAAGUGGAAGAGUUGAAGAAUUCUGGGCAAGGGUACGCAAAUCGUGAACGGUGUGAGCAUCCAAGAUCUGUUCAUAGUUUUGCGUGUCUGAAGGAAUUGUAUGACCUUCGCCAGUAUUUUGUUCAUGACCAUGUUUUUGCGGAAAAAAUUACUUCUGUGGAGAGCCAGCUGAGUCCUCUGGAGGAAGAAAACCAGAGCUUAAAAAAGGCAAUGACUUUUUUGCAAGCACAGCUCAGCAUGGAAAAAGAGAAGAGGAUGACGAUGGAGGAAGAGUACAGUCUCAUGCUGAAGGAGAACUGUGAUCUUGAGCAGAGGUUGGUGGAUGUUGAUCUAUACCGAGCCAGAGCUGAAGAGCUUGAGUUUGAAGUGGCUGAAAUGAAACAGAUAUUUCAGUCUGAAAGCACCUUUGCGAAUGGGGUGGAAAAGCUUGUUCCAGAGUCUUUUUUUAUUUCCUUCAAAGAUUCUUUAGAAAGAGAGAUGAGUCAGAGCCCUUCAGAUUGGAGCUCUUCCGAUGGGGUUCUUUUAACUGUCCCAGAACCCGACAGAAGGGCACUCAAAAGAAGCACCAGCGAGACCUUCCUUGGCAGUGUUGCGGGUGGGGAUCUUCUAAUAAAGGGCCAUGAAGAAACCUGUAUCCGGCGGGCAGAAGCUGUAAAGCAAAGGGGCAUCUCUCUGCUUAAUGAAGUUGAUGCACAGUAUAACGCUUUGAAGGUCAAGUAUGAAGAACUCCUGAAGAAGUGCCAACUAGACGAGGAGUCAUUGAAACAUAAAGCUGUACAAACUUCUAAACAGUAUUCCAAAGAUGUCAGAGUGGGGAAUAAAUCCUUGGACAUGUGUGUUGGAGAAGCUGAAUCCACAAAUGCUGACCCAGACACAGCCAGCUUGCCUUCAAACCCUCCACCCGAAUACAAGCUUCUCUUUAAGGAAAUCUUUAGUUGUAUUAAGAAAACCAAACAGGAAAUAGAUGAACACCGAGCAAAGUAUAAAUCCUUUCCUUCUCAGCCUUAACAAACUUUCAGUACAUCACUACUACCUUAGAAAACCUUUGUUCUUGAAGUAGCUGUCUGAAUGUUUCAUUUGAAACACUGCUGCAUUUCUGUUUUGUUAGAGUAUAUGUAGGUUGACUAUUUAAACUUGUAGGAUGGGUUGGGUCCACUUGAUUUGGGGUGUGUGUAUGACACAGUUGUUGCCACCAAAUGAUAAACUGAUUUGCUCAGGACAUUACCGAUUAUGAUAAAUUGGCAAAUGAAACGGUUACGUGACUGCUAACUGCACCUGAUGCCUGGUCAUAGAAGUUGUAUUUUGGAGAAUUGGAAACCACCCAGUGGCUGCAUAUAAGGAGUUUUCACUUAUGGAGGUCUAGUUUUUGGAUUCUUUCUGUGGUCCCGAGUUGGAAAGUAGAAAUUCUUCUGUAGUGUUGUUUAUUUUCAACAAUGGCAAUUUGGCUAUUAAACAUGGUAUGAAAUGAAA